AUGCAUCUCCUGCAGAUUGGGGCUGAUGGCGAGUUCAGCCUGACCGAGUUUUAUGGGAAGCAAAUUCCGGAAUAUGCCAUCCUCUCGCAUACAUGGAUUGCAAGUAACGAGGAGGUGUCUUUCAAGGAGUUAGUUAAAGGUAGAGGAAAAGGCAAAGCUGGCUACAGGAAACUCCACUUCUGCGCAGAACAGGCUGUUAAGGACCAACUGCAAUACUUCUGGGUUGACACCUGCUGUAUUGACAAAGCAAGCAGUGCAGAGCUCCAAGAGGCCAUCAACUCGAUGUUUCGCUGGUACCAAAAAGCCAAGAAGUGCUACGUAUAUCUGGCGGAUGUACACAGUGAGACAGCGACCAAGAUCCAAACUGAACAUGGCAUAUCCUCUGAGCAGGCAUCGAGACUAGCUUUUCGGCGGAGCAGAUGGUUCACGCGGGGUUGGACGCUUCAAGAACUCAUAGCUCCUAAGUCGGUUGAUUUCUUUUCCGCACAGGGCAAGUGGCUGGGUGAUCGAGUUUCACUUUGGAAAGAUAUUCAUCAAGUCACAAACAUCCCCUUCGAAGCUUUGCAAAAAGAGCCUGUAGCCUUAUCACAGUUCACAGUGGAUCAGCGUUUAUCGUGGGCAGAGAACCGAGAAACGACACGCGAAGAAGACAAAGCAUAUUCUCUGCUAGGAAUUUUCGAUCUGUCCAUGCCGCUUCUUUACGGAGAGGGCCAAACAAAAGCACUUAUGCGUCUCCACCAAACCCGCGAAAGU